GGGGGGAGAGUCCCGGAUGUUGGCUCGGCCGCCGAGAGAAAGGCGAACAGGAGAAGGCGGAGAGAAGCUGAGGAGGAACGCCACGGCACCGCGGGCACACCGGCGAAGCUACGACAACGGCGGCUCUUUGCACAGGACGAUAACGUCAAGAGCACGGGACACCCCCGGGGAGCCCCUGCUAGCUGAAGAAGAGGAGGUGGAAGGAAGGGGAGGGGGCAGUUACUCUGAAACUACCGUCAGGAUUACAGAGAGCCACCGUCACAGCAGCUUUCACCCAGAAGUUGACCUACAGAAGACGUCAUGCUGAUGCCUUGAGCUGAGGGAGACUUGAUCCUCAACCUGUCAGUCGUCUAUGUUUGUUAUUCCACACCUGGUCCACUCUCCGUCAGUCACCGAGCACCAACAGCAACCACCACCACCACCUCCACCUGUUCCCCACCCCCGUACUGCCCGGCCUGCCGUCACCAUGACGUCGGAGCUGGAGAGCAGCCUGACCUCCAUGGAUUGGCUUCCUCAGCUUACCAUGCAGGCAGCCAUCCGCAAGGCGGACGCCCAGAAUGCCCACGGGCCUGGCAUGGGCAAGAAGAGUACCCUACUGGAUCCUAACACCACGUUGGACCAGGAGGAGGUGCAGCAACACAAGGACGGCAAGCCGCCCUACAGCUACGCCAGUCUCAUCACGUUUGCCAUCAACAGCUCGCCAAAGAAGAAGAUGACACUGAGUGAGAUCUACCAGUGGAUCUGUGAUAACUUUCCCUACUACAGGGAGGCGGGCAGUGGCUGGAAGAACUCAAUACGGCACAAUCUGUCAUUGAACAAGUGUUUUCUCAAAGUGCCUCGCUCCAAAGAUGACCCAGGAAAGGGCUCUUACUGGGCCAUCGACACCAACCCAAAGGAGGACGCCCUGCCCACACGGCCAAAGAAGAGGCCGCGGUCUGGGGAGCGAGCUUCAACGCCGUACAGCCUGGAGUCGGAGUCUUUGGGGAUGGAGUGUAUGAUCUCUGGAAGUGCCUCUCCAACGCUGGCAAUCAACACUGUGACUAACAAGGUGGCAUUGUACAACACAGACCAGGAAGGGAGCGAUAGUCCAAGAAGCAGCCUUAACAACAGCCUGUCUGAUCAGAGUCUGGCUUCCGUCAAUCUCAACAGUGUGGGCAGUGUGCACAGCUAUACAGCGGUGACCAGUCACCCAGAGCCCGUGUCCCAGUCUAUGAGCCUCCAGCAGACUCCCCAGUCCCAGUACAACAUGCCAGACAGGGAUAAGCAGCUCCUGUUCUCUGAAUUUGAAGAUCUCAGUGCCUCCUUCCGCAGCCUUUACAAGUCUGUUUUUGAGCAGUCCUUCAGCCAACAAGGUCUGAUGGGCAUACCGUCAGAUUCCUCCCAGCAGACCCACACCUCCUGCUCCUAUCAGCACUCCCCCAGUGGCACCAUUAGCACUCAGAACAGCCUGUCAAACAACCAACCCAACAACCACCCAAACAGCCACUCCACCAACAGUGGCCAGGUGCCCCUGUCCCAUCCUGCCCAAGCCCACCCUGGCCACGGCUCGCCCCACGCACAGCACCUCCCGCAGCACGGCGGCCCCCACAACCAACACAGCCAACACGCCCAGCACAGUCAACACCCACAGCACCCUCAGCACGCUGCACACUCCCAGCAUGGGCAGCACCCAUCGCAGCACCCAUCCCACGGCCAGCACCCACAGCAACACACGCCACACCCCUCCCAACACACGCAGCACAGCCAGCACCCUUCUCAACACGGACAGCAGCAUCAGAGCCUCUCCCACCAGCCCCAUCCUACCCAGCAACAGAUGGCCUGCAACACAGGUUUACUGUCUGACUGGUACCCAAAUCUGGAUGCACUGAAAGAAAGCUGUCGUAUUGCUAGCAGCUAUAACUGGGCUGAUGUCGACCUUUCACCUUUCCAAGGAUUAAGAGAGAGUAUGAGACAAGCGGAGCUGAACAAUUGGUCCCUGGAACCCACCCAGAUCGCAGACCUCUGCUCGUCCAUCAACCAGUUUUUCGCCCGCACCGGUGUAAUCCAGCCACAAGGGGCAGUGCAGCCUCCUGUUUGUCAUAGCUCCAUGCACCCCAACAAACCCAGCCAGCACCUCAAUACAGGAAAUCUCUACAUGGACUCCAGACAGAGCAUGUCCAUGAUGGGUCCUCCAGGAUAUCCCCACAUGCCCCCAAUGAGCAGCACAGGACCCACAAUGCCAGGACACCAUGCACAGAUGAACCAGCAGCACAUGAUACCUGCCAGAAACUUCCAGAUGCAUCGCAUGCCAGCUGAUGACAUCCAGGAUGACUUUGAUUGGGACUCCAUUGUCUAGCCCCUAGACCUCCUUUUGCAAACAAAAGGGAGCGAGGAGAGGUGGUGGAAGCCAGAGGAAGCCAGAGGAAGCCAGAGGAAGCCAGGCUGCGCUGAAAGGCCGCAGGAGGAGGAGGAGGAGGAGGAGGAGAAGGAGGCCACUGUGGGUGGGAUUCAGAAGAACAUUUGACAAGCUUGGGAGACAGACUUCAGAGUCCCGUCAUUUUUACAAAAGCAAAACAUAACUAGAAAAUGUUACUUUGAAGACAAUCAUAUUUAGUCGGACAUGUUAAAGUGAUUGCUUAUGUACUUGUCUAGAGACAAGUAGAAAACUAAAUCACAUGCUCCUCAGCUCCUCAGCCAGCCCUCUCCCCGUCCCUAGCCAACAGCCUUCCAAAGUCAGAACCCCCCCCCCCCCCCCCGACCCUCUUCUCCGUAACUGUUAUGUGAUUUGAGCGACGUGUUCAGCUUGUAAUUCUUCUCGUGUUGACAUUGGCCUCAGCUGCCUCUUGGAUGAGUUAAUCUCUCUCUUUUUUCAAAAAAACGAUUUUGUUUUAUUUUUUGCUUUUAAGAAACACAGGCCGUGUCUGUGAGUAAUGUGAUGGUGCUCGUUGGUCACUUUUGGGAGAAAGCGGGCCCCGCUUUGGCUGAAUUUGGUGGUAAAGUUAGGUUUACAGUAACUGAGGGUUUGAACAGGGUGUUAAAAGUUUAAGCAGGCUCGAUAUUAAACAGAGAAAGUGAGAGGGAGAUCACAGAAAGUAUCGUGAUCAGUUUUCAUAGCCAACUAAUGUGAUCAGACUAGUUAUGGGAGUGCAGCAAUUUUGUUCCUUCAUUCUGUCUCAAGCACUUCAAGAUGAGUGAAUAUGAUGAGUGUGAGAAGAAGGUGAAAGCAGGAAAGUCAGAUAUUUUUUUUUUGUCUUUUUAAAUUCAUUCAACCCAAAGUAACCAUAGGAUUUAGGUUCUCUGUGCAUCAUGUUGGUUAAUAAUUGCUUUACCAACCAGAAGCUGUGGUGACAUUAAAUACUAAACCAAUUCACAUUUUUGAGCAGGUUUUCAUGGGAAAGUUUUAGAUGAGUAGCCUGUUGAUCAUUAAACACGCCACCAUCAUUCAGAAACAAUGAAAUAAUUUGCAUUAGAGUCUGACUGAUCAACUUAUCACCAGUAAAUCAGUUUUGGCAUAGAAGGUAGCCAAUAAGUAAAACAAUAAAUUGCACUACAGAAAUGUCAAAGACCGAAAGAAAACUGUGUUUCUGUUGCAGUUGUCAACCAGAGAGCACUGACAACUGUUAAGUGGUUCACUCAGACCAUAUGAUGGUCACAUUUCUGUAAAAAACAAUUUGAGAGAAUCUUAAAGAGAAUCUCUUCAUGUCUAAAAACAAAUAUCGUCCAACUUUCAAAGGCAUCUGCCUCAACAAUGAAGGACCGGUUGGUCUCUAAUUUACAAGCAAGUUUUUGUUAUGUGUUAAGUGUAUUGUUCAUAUCAGUGGGGUUUAGUUUUAUUAAAGGUAUAGUCUGAUAAUUAGGGAAAGACGCUUAUUCACUUUCUUCCCAGGAGCUAGAUUAGAAGAUUGUACGGUAAAUUUGAAGCUAUAGCCAGGAAACUGUUAGCUUAGCCUUGCUCAAAGACCAGAAACCGGAGGAAACAACUGGCCUGCCUCUGUCCGGCCACAAAAUCCACCUACCUGCACCUCUAAAGCUCACUAAUUAACACAGUAUAUCUUGUUGUCCGUACAAUAACGUAGCGUAAAAAAGGAGUUAGUGUCAGUCUAUAUCUGUGCCGGUUGCAGUGCGGAGAUGUAACGUGUUAAUAAGUGAGCUUCAGAGAUGCUUGUAGGCUGAUUUUGUUACCGUUGGACAGAGCCAGGUUGGCUGCGUUCCUCAGUUCCCACUCAUUAUGUUAAGCUAAUUGUCUGCUGGAUGUAGCUUCAUAUGUACCGCACAGACGUGUAUUCCUUUAAACAAUUACAAUUCAAAUUGUAUGCAAACCAUAUUAAAAUAAUUUAUAUUAGUGACAGUACCAAGUAAUACGUAAAGAACGUGUGUGCAAUUUUGGGAGCAGUGGUUUCAAGCAUCACCGACUUGAGACAUCGCUAGUAGACUAAUAAAAUCUAUUCAAAUAAAAAACUAAUAGAACAUUUAAGAAGCUUCUUAAAUGUCUUAAUACUUUGAUUAAUUAAUGAUCAAUAGGAUAUGCAUCAGAUUUGAACUUUCCAUUUGAAAAGGGCAAAAAAAAAGCAAGCGUUUUGGUGCACAUUUCCUUGAUUUGUUGAAUGAGUUGCAUCCAAAGUCAUGCCUUUUCCUGCCUGUUGUACAUUAAAUUGAGGUUUCGAUGCUACACUCAGUGUUUAUUGUUGCUUCUGGCAUUUCAAUAAUGGAGAUGUGAUUCUUUUUUUAGCUGCCCAAUGUUUUGUUGUGAUAGUUGGAUAGCGUAAGAAUUUGCUGUUAUACAAUCAUAACAGAAUGGGAAAUGUGACUCAUUAGACAGUACAUGCAGUGUGUGUGUGUGUGCGCGCGCGUGCGUGUGCGUGUUGGUUGAACAUAUGGUGUAUGCGUGUAUGUGUGUGUAUGUGUGCGUGUUUUGGUUUUAUUGUAAUUUUAGGGCUAUGAUUGAUUGCUGCAAUCAUCUCUAUGCUAUCUAUGAGCACAAAAGCAGAUGCACACAGUGAUUGAAGACUAGAUUUGAGACAUGCGUUUUUGUUAUUUUUUUUGGUAGGAAGGGUUUCUCAAGCACAGAACAGGGAGAUCAGCGGUUCUGCAAACCUGUCCUCUGUGUCCUGUAAGAAGUGGCUCCUCAAUCAGACAGGUGCUGAACUUUAGAGACACUAUGUUUAAAAACAAACAAACAAAAAAAACGCUCUUUGCACACUUUUGUUGAUCGUAAACCGUUUUUAAGAUGCGAAGCACCUCCAGGAUUUUAAAAUCUAGUCAGUCACUCACAAACUCAUUCUGUCAUUUAUUCAUUCUCCCACUGUUAGACUGUCUGACCCCUAGAGGCAAUUAUAAGGCAUUGUCUACAGUUGACAAUGACCAGGAUUAUUUCUCCUCUCUGCAACACUGCUGAACUGUGUACAGUGCUUUGCAUCUAUGACACUGUGUGUCCUUGUUUAAAGGAAUUUUCCGACAUUUUGGUAAAUACACUUGUUUGUUUUCUUGCCAGGAAGAUUGUUUCCACUCAUGACUGCAUGGUAACUAUGAAGCUAGCAUCUGGCUACAGUAGUUAACUUUGCAUUAAGACUCAGGAAACAGAUAGCCUGGCUCUGUCUAAAGAUAAGAAAAUCCACCUGCACCUGUGAAGCUCACAAAUCAACAUGUCUCAUGUGUUUAUCCGUACAAAAAUCUUAGUGUAAAAACUACAAUUUAUUGUACUAUUUCCUGGCUAGGUGAGGUCACAUCCUGGAGAUAUAACACGUUAAUUACUGAGAUUUAGAUGUGCUGGUAGGUGGAUUUUAUUACUGUUGGACAGAUCCUGGCUAGUUCAGCCUUCACCCAGGCCAGUUCAGUCUUUGUGUUCUCAGCAAGAAAGUGAAUAUGUAUAAGUAAUAAGUAAACAUUUCCCAAAAUGUCAGACUAUUCCUUUUAAGAUAUUUUAGCAACGAGGGUCUCCAGUGGUCACCUUAGUUUUGUUUCAUAUUUGGAUGACAAUCAUGGAUUCUUUUUUUAUGAUUAUUGCAUAAUAUCUAUGGAAGAAAAGGCAAGUCUCACAUAGUUAUUUUAUUGGAUAUUAUAGCACUGUAUGUUUCUACAUUUGAUCACAGAGAAGCUUAUAGAACCAGCCCAGUUUUAUGCUGUAGAUCUUCCGUUAAACUGUGCAGAUGAAGUCAUGUUCUCUUCUACACUGCCAUUCAAUUUUAUAUUUUCAGCUAAUAGUUUGUUUUCUUUUCCUGCCAAUCAUACCUGCCCACUCCUGCUUAUUUCUGCGAUGUUUUGUCAGUUUUUUGUAUAUCAAAUGUCCGCUGUAUGUGGAGGAUUGCCUCGCCUGUGGAGCUCAACUGAGUUUUUAAAGUGUUCAACUGCCAGAAUUGCUCAGACAGAAUACUUAGUCAGUUGAGUGACCCAAAUCAUGACUGUGUGGGCCAAAGGACUGCAACUGAAGACAGCAGUGAAAAAGAGCAUCAAUGUGUAUUCAAUAGGACUCUAUGGGCCUACAAUGGAGAAAAGUCUGAGGGUCCUUGGUUGGUGUGAAGGUGACGAGUGUUUCAGUUCUUCCAGGUGAAGACUGUGAACACACAACCUACAUAUUUGAGCACAGCAGCCCAUUGGGAAAAUACAUUUGAGCUAACAUAUGUGGCUAAAAGGGAAAAAGGUGAAGACAAUGACUGGAUCACAAUCACAGUUUUACAUUAUGUCUGUAUGUAUGUGUAUUUGUGUGUUUGCUUGUGUGAGUUGUGUAAGUUCUUUUUUUAAAUUCCGCUGGACAUGUACCUGCCAGAGAGAUUACUAUUAGUGGGGAAAAAAGAUGAAAAGAUACAACAAAAAAAAAAAGCCUUGUUACAAUACGGGAGAGAACUGCCAACAAGUACUGCUGAUUGGGGCCUAUUUUAUUCAGUGCUGGUGUGUUGUUGUGCUUGUACAUAUACGUCUUUUCAAUCAUCCCUUUUUUCCUCUUGGGGGUGGGGUAUCAAGGCAGGGGGUGGGGUCUUACUCACGAAAGAGAGGAGGUAAAAGAAUAGAGUAUUUUGUUAUUGUCCAAUCAGAGGGUGACAGUAUGUAUAUAUCUAUAUUGUAUAUAUGUGAUGAAAAUGCGUUGGCUUUUUUUGUGUGACACUACCUUUUACCUGUACUAUGGUUCUACAUUCAGUGUUUCAGUGUUGAUAAUAUAUAUUUGGUUUGUGUUUUUUUUUUUUUUUUCCUUUUCUUUUUUUUUGAUUUUGUCUUUGUCAUUUCUUGUAUUUUUUUCCCCCUCCUAUUUGUCCUUUUUUGUUUAUUGCACGGUUUAUUACUUUUGUUGUCCAAUGAGGUGACACAGCUACUCUUUGUAUUUGUUUAGUGCUGUAAAAUAACUCAAGUGUUAUUAGAAUUGUCGAUACCACCGCCCACCCCACCCCCUUCCCCAAUAUGCAUGAAUGGCACUUAAAGAAAUAAAAUAUGGUAACUUCACUGUG